AUUAUCACCACCGCCCCAAAAUGCCAGCGUGGCAACGUGUUUCUUACCGGUCAUAAAUAGACCAAAGAAACGCCUAAACUUCAUUUUCCGGUGAAUCAGGACCUCAUUUCCGGCCCAGCCAUGGCGGCGAAUCUCCUCCGCUUUUCACUCUCCCCGAACCAGAAGCUCACCCCGAGCUUCCACUACUCCAAUGUCAGGAAUUUUCAGUUCAAUCCUCUCCUCCGCAGACAACGCCGCACCGAUCCCCAUUUGCUCCGCAAUGGCGUCUUCGCCAAGGCAGUUGAGGUCAACCCCGUGUCUACGAAGCCGCCGGUUCAGAAGCAAGCCAAGCCGGACGACUCAACUGUGCUUCUGGAUGUGACGGGGAUGAUGUGCGGCGCGUGCGUCUCACGCGUCAAAUCGAUCCUUUCCGCCGACGACAGAGUCGAGUCGGCCGUGGUCAACAUGUUGACGGAGACGGCCGCGGUGAAGCUGAAGCCGACCGCCGCCGCUGUGGAGGAGGGAAGCGCUGCUGAAGAGCUAGCUAAGAGGCUGACGGAUUGUGGGUUUCCGACGAAGAAGAGAGCGUCGGGGCUUGGAAUUGAAGAUAAGGUGAAGAAAUGGAAGGAAAUGGUGGCGAAGAAGGAGGCUUUGCUUGUGGAGAGUCGGAACCGGGUGGCGUUUGCUUGGUCGCUGGUGGCUCUGUGUUGUGGAGCUCACGGCUCCCAUAUACUUCACUCUCUCGGCAUUCAUGUUGGUCAUGGAUCCAUUAUGGAGUUACUGCACAAUUCGUAUUUGAAAGGUGGAUUGGCUUUGGGAGCUUUAUUGGGGCCUGGAAGAGACCUGCUUUUUGAUGGUUUACAAGCAUUCAUGAAGGGAUCGCCAAAUAUGAACUCUCUAGUUGGCUUUGGUUCACUUGCUGCAUUUGCUAUUAGUGCUGUGUCACUUCUUAACCCUGAACUUCAAUGGGAUGCAGCAUUUUUUGAUGAACCGGUCAUGCUUCUUGGCUUUGUUCUGUUGGGCCGUUCUCUGGAGGAAAGGGCCAGGCUGAAAGCUUCUAGUGACAUGAACGAGCUUCUGUCGCUCAUAUCCACUCAAUCUAGACUUGUGAUUGCUCCCUCUGGAAGUGAUUCCUCAAGUGAUGUUGUCAGCUCUGAUGCAAUGUGUAUUGAAGUUCCAACUGAUGAUAUUCGUGUUGGAGACUCACUGUUAGUUUUGCCUGGAGAAACAAUACCUGUAGAUGGAAAGGUUGUUGCAGGUAGGAGUGUAGUGGAUGAAUCUAUGCUUACUGGGGAAUCCCUUCCUGUGUUUAAAGAGAGAGGCUUAUUGGUAUCAGCUGGAACAAUAAAUUGGGAUAGUCCAAUAAAAAUUGAGGCCACUUCCACUGGGUCCAACUCGACAAUAUCCAAGAUUGUUAACAUGGUUGAGGAUGCUCAAGGCCGCGAAGCACCAAUCCAGCGGCUUGCAGAUUCAAUCGCUGGACCAUUUGUGUAUAGUAUAAUGACUUUAUCAGCUACAACAUUUGCUUUUUGGUACUAUCUUGGUUCUAAGAUCUUCCCAGAUGUCUUGCUGAAUGAUAUUUCUGGACCAGAUGGAGACCCUCUGCUUCUGAGCUUAAAGCUUGCUGUUGAUGUCCUGGUUGUAUCUUGCCCUUGCGCUUUAGGCCUUGCAACACCAACUGCAAUUCUAGUUGGCACUUCACUUGGAGCAAAGCAGGGACUUCUUAUAAGAGGAGGAGAUGUGUUGGAAAGAUUGGCAGGCAUAGAUUAUGUUGCUUUGGAUAAGACAGGAACCCUCACUGAAGGAAAACCUGCUGUCUCAGCUAUUGCAUCUAUGGAUUGUGAACAAUCAGAGAUUCUUCGAAUUGCUGCUGCUGUGGAGAAAACAGCAUCACAUCCUCUUGCCAAUGCUAUUUUAAGCAAGGCAGAAUCACUGAACUUGGAUAUCCCUGUUACUCGUGGACAAUUAGCAGAAGCAGGUUCAGGAACCAUGGCAGAAGUAGAUGGGCUUUUAGUUGCUGUUGGAAAAUUGGAAUGGGUUCAUGAACGCUUCAACCAGAAAACAAGCACCAGUGAUUUAAAGAACCUAGAGCAGUCUCUGAUGCAUCAAACCCUAUUAAACAGUCCAUCAUCAAGCCAUUCGAUGACAGUUGUAUAUGUUGGUAGGGAGGAAGAAGGCAUAAUAGGUGCUAUUGCAAUAUCUGAUAAUUUACGUGACGAUGCUGAAUCCACAAUAAAAAGGCUUCAACAGAAGGGAAUCAAAACAGUCCUCUUAUCUGGGGACAGGGAAGAGGCAGUUGCAACAGUAGCAAGGACAGUUGGGAUAAAGGAUGAAUUUAUUAAUGCAUCCUUGACACCACAGCAAAAAUCUGCUACCAUCUCAAGUCUUCAAGCUUCAGGACAUCGACUAGCCAUGGUUGGUGAUGGCAUUAAUGAUGCACCAUCUCUGGCUCUUGCUGAUGUUGGGAUUGCUUUGCAAGUUGAAGGACAGGAAAAUGCAGCCUCUAAUGCAGCGUCAAUCAUACUUCUAGGAAAUAGACUUUCUCAGGUUGUUGAAGCAUUUGAGCUUGCACGGGCAACCAUGGCGAAAGUUCAUCAAAACUUAUCUUGGGCAAUAGCAUAUAAUGCAGUCACUAUCCCCAUAGCAGCUGGAGCACUACUUCCCAAGUUCGAUUUUGCGAUGACACCAUCUCUAUCAGGGGGAUUGAUGGCUUUGAGCUCAAUAUUUGUGGUCACCAACUCCUUACUUCUGCAGCUCCAUGGUUCUGGAAGGAAAAGCGGUGAGACUUCCAACCAUAAACAACGUGUUCAAUAGUGUACAAGGGUUAGGUUUUCCGCGGCCACCUAACAAUAAUAAUGAUAAUGCUUUAUAUUUGAGUUGUAUGUAGCAGCCCCAUUAUGUGGUUUGCACCCAAUAAAUUGCAUGUGUUCAAUAAACUUAUUAUCUCCUGCACCCUGCUUCUA